AUGAAAGGCUUCCUCCCGACCCUGGGCCUAUGGGCUCUAUUGGCAGGGCGUAUCCUAGCCAACGAAGUUGAACUGAAACAGGACGACGCCCACAGACAACGAUGCUCCGGCAUGUACAGUCGCAAGUCUUGGGGCGGAAGCGUGGAUCCUUUUAUCUUAACCAAAUUUGUCCAAGAAACACUCCCUGAGGACAGUGAUGCUCUCGUCAGUCUGGUGAUAUUUGAAUGGUCAGAUGAGGAACUGAUUGGGAGGGCACGAUCGGGUGAUGCGGAGAAAGAAACUAUAUGCGAUGCCGCCAAUGUCGAGGCGGGCCUUUGCACCAAAGAGGAGAUCGGCUCCUUUAUCCUUGCUUCAGACGCCAACGAGAAAUCCAAGUUCCCCAUCCUAUCCAAAGCCAUACACCUGAAGGACCCGGUUGCAGUGAAUUAUCCAAUCAAGAAAACAGGGUUCUACUGCGUGAGCACUUAUGCCUACUCUGGGUAUGACUAUAAAGCCGUGGUGGAGUUCAGAAACUCGUAUGGUGAACUUCCUGCAGCGCAAAUCGCGAAGCUGCCUUUCUAUGGGGCGCUGACCAUUGUUUACGCCGUUGUUGGAAUCUUCUGGGCUUGGCUUUAUGUGCAAAAUCGCCAUGAUAUCUUGCCCGUCCAAAACUAUAUCACAGCGAUCCUGGUUUUCCUCAUCCUUGAGCAGUUGAUGACAUGGGGUUUCUAUGAUUAUCAAAAUCGGCACGGUCUCAACAUGGUCGCAAAGGCGCUCAUGGUUAUCGUCGCAGUUCUUAAUGCUGGUCGUAACUCCUUCUCGUUCUUCCUUCUCCUCAUUGUCUGCAUGGGAUAUGGUGUCGUGAAGCCUUCUCUUGGCCGUACCAUGAUCUGGGUCCGUUUUCUUGCCAUUGGACACUUCAUUUUCGGCGUCAUAUACGCCGUUGCUAGCUUGGCAAUUACCCCAGACAGCGCUGGUCCGCUUGUGCUUCUCAUCGUCCUUCCUCUUGCCGGUACUUUAACGGCAUUUUACGUCUGGACGCUGAACUCUUUGAACGCGACCAUGAAGGAUCUCAUUGACAGGAAACAGAAGAUCAAAGCAAUGAUGUAUAAGAAGCUUUGGUGGUGCAUCCUCGGCAGCAUCAUUGUCAUUUUCGGUUUCUUCUUCCUUAAUUCUGUCGCUUUUGCUGGCCACAGCGAGGCGAACUUUGUACCAGAACAUUGGAGAUCACGGUGGUUUGUCCUGGAUGGCUGGCUCAACAUUGUCUACUUUUUCGAUAUUGGCUUUGUCUCUUACCUCUGGAGACCAACUGCCAACAACCGACGAUUUGCUAUGAGUGACGAGAUUGCCCAAGAUGAUGAUGGUUUCGAAAUUCGCUCUUUUGGUAGCUCCCUAGACGAAGAACGCGAUAUUAUUGUACCAGGCGAGCAUUCUGGUGCUAGGGCAGCGCGCGAUCUGUCGCCGAUGCCUCCGAAGCCUGUGCCCGCAGCUCCUCAGCAUCGUGAAUCCCUUGACGGUGAGACCAUCUUCGCUGUGGGCGAGGACGCGGACAAGUGGUCCGACGAUGAGGACGAGUCUCCGCGCAAUUCGAGUGAGAGGAGGAGACUGACUGGAAAGGACAAUGAUUGA